CAAUCAUUCCUUCCCUUCUCCCCACCCAAUUCAUCCAACAUUUCAUUCCCCCAAUUCUCUCUCUCUCUCUCUCUCUAAAUUCAACUUUUGUGUCUCGCACCUUCUUCCCUAAAAUGCCAGGAGCCAUUCAAGUUACAGUUCUUGAAUUCAAGGGAAUUGGAAUGGAACUUUCACCAUCAUCAAAAACCUCACUCAAAGUUUCUAUGGGGAAAAGGGAGUUUCGGACAUUCGACAACGGCCAUUUCUCAUUUCCGAUCGCGAAGCUGAACGAGGACUUGUCCGUUGCGCUCCUGGAUGCUGCCGACGACGAGAUUGCUCGAUCCGACAUCAGGACAAUGCAGAUUAUCGAGAAGGGGUCGUGGGACGAUGUUUUCUCCAUCGGUGGAUGUGGCCAUGUCCGCAUGCAGCUGCAGUUUGUCCUCAGCGAGGAGGAUCGUCACCGUAUUCGCGCCAUGAGGGAAUCUGUGGUGAAGAAGAAACUCGGGGCGAAUCCGAACAUUGCAAGAACAUCUGCAGACAGAGACAAAGAAAUCGAGUGUGGUUCAGGUUCGUCGUGUCAUAAUAUUACAGUGUUUGUUUUGAUGAAUCGUGCCGAAAUGUUUAUAUCGAAAGAUUCAGAUUCGGCUACUGACACGAAGGAACAAGGAACUGACCUCGAAGCCGCAAUCCCAGAUACUACAGAUGGUGGCUCAGCUGCUCCAUUGUCUCGAUCGAUUAGUAACAAAAUCGAACCACAAUCGCUUGCUGAUGAAGAGGAUACAUCUUGCAAGUCGUCGGAAUCUGAUAUCUCGGAUUCACUGCAAGAAUCUCGGACUAUCAAAGUACAAAGCACUGUAAGGAAAAUGAUAAGCGCCUUCGAAAGUAGCCAAAUUCAGCUGAAGAAAACUCCAUCAGUACUACAAUUCGAAAGAUCGAGGAAGGAGCCAAAUGUUUCCAGCAUUUCUCCAGCAGACGAAACGAGUGUCCUGUCGGAAGAAAAAGGUUCAGAGAAUCCGAAUGUGGAGAAACUGCAAAACUUAUCUGGUGAUUCAGUCCGAACAAAAUCAUUGGAAUGCUACAACGAGGAAUGCGCUUCUGCUCAAUGCUCCGGCAUUUGGAUAUUCCCUGAAAACACCGUUCGUUUAUGUGUCACGGCUGCAGGCAACGAGCACUUAAUGAAAAUCUCGAACACUAACCAGCAACCGAAGAUUUUUUCACCUGAAAUACAACUCCUGGAGAAUGAAACACACGCGACAGAACAUAAGAUGGAAGAUGAUCGAAGCGAGGCUGCUAAAAUAUCAGAAUCGGGACAUGAUUGUAAGACAGAUGCUUCAUCUAAUAAACUCGUAGGAAAGGUAAUCAAACUCGCCGCCAUUUUGGGCUUCGGACUGCUAGUUUUGCUCACAAGACAAAGAGAACCACGUGACAGCAAACCUAAUUACAGGAAGAAGAAGAAAAAUGCCGAAGAAUUCAAUAAACUUCUCGCAGCAACUCUAGAUUAGAGACUGAAUGUAUAAGAAAAAACAGUGUACAUAAACAACGAGGCUAUUUUACAUUUUGAAGAGCAAAAC